AUGUUCAUUGGGCUGGACGGGUGCUUCUUGAAAACCCCCCAAGGAGGACAACUUUUGACUGCAGUUGGAAGAGACCCAAAUGACCAAAUUCUUCCAAUUGCGUAUGCGGUCGUGGAGGCGGAGACUAAGGACUCUUGGGUCUGGUUUCUGCGUCACCUCUCCGAUGACUUAGGCCCACACAAUCUUGCAAAGUGCACGUUUAUGUCUGAUCAGCAAAAGGGCCUAUUGCCAGCAUUUGAAGAGGUCAUUCCAGGGGUGGAUAACAGGUUCUAUGUCAGGCAUCUCUACAGUAACUUCAGGAAGAAGUUUCCUGGUUUAGAGCUAAAGAACAAGAUGUGGAGCCUUGUUAAUAAUAUGAGUGAGAGUUUCAAUGCUGUGUUAGUAAAAGCAAGAAAGAAACCAAUUGUGACCAUGUUAGAGGAUAUUAGAGUUUAUAUGAUGACUAGAUGGGCUGUAAAUAGGGAAAGGGUUCUUAACUAUCCAGGAAACAUAAUGCCAAUGAUUAGGAAGAAAUUAGAGAAACGGACAAGUUUAGCUAGGGACUGGAGGCCAUACUGGUCAUCUGCUAGCAAGUACGAGGUUAUGUGUGGUCUAGAUAAGUAUGUUGUGGAUCUGGCUGCUGGUGAAUGUUCUUGCAGGAAAUGGCAAAUGAGUGGGAUUCCUUGUCCUCAUGCCAUUAGCUGCAUCACCUUCAAGGGCCUUAAUUUGGAGUCAUAUGUCGAUGACUGCUACAAGAAGGAGGCCUACAUCAAGUGCUACCAGGAGGUCAUACACCCUGCCCAAAGUUCAACCAAAAGAGCUAAGAAGAAUACACCUAAGCUGGCACCUGGUCAGACAGUUUGUGGAGGGAGAAAGAGGAAUGCUACACCAUCAUCAACCAAUCUGCUAGCAUCUCAGGCCAGAAAAAUCCCCCAAGGCCCAAGAAAUGUGAAGCCCAGCCCACCAAAGAAGCACCUCAGCCCAAGAAAUCUUCCACUCAGCCUAAGAAAGCUUCCACUCAGCCCAACAUCAUGGCCCAGCCCAAGAACAAGGCUGCAUCAGCUGCAACCUCCACCACCAAGAAACAUUCCCUUAGCCAGCCAUCUGUGA